UUAACCUCCUCCCAACUUAUGAGUUUAUAGCCAAUAGGUGAUGAGGUUUAUUUGCAUAUUUCCAGUCACUUAAGCCGCCGCGGAGUGGAAACAGUGUCAGACUCAGUUCCUCCGCCUCCACUUCCUUCUUGGAGGAAAUCUGACCAUUCCAGCUGCCCUGCCCUCCCCUUUAAAGGACGACUUUUCCUGUGCUGAGCUCCAGCCCUCCUCGCCUCCGGCGCAGCCUGUGCACCAGCAUUCCGCGCACCCGCCGCGCCCGCAGCUCCUGCAGAAGAGCGCGCGCCGAGAUGGGGAGCAAAGCACUGCUCCUGGUGGUCCUGGGCUUGGGGCUCCCGAGCCUGACCGCCGCCAGCGGAGGAAGAGAUUUUCAGGAUAUCGAAAGUAAAUUUUCCCUAAGGACCCCUGAGGACACAGUUGAGGACACUUGCCAUCUCAUUCCUGGAGUGACCGAAUCAGUGGCUAACUGCCACUUCAAUCACAGCAGCAAAACCUUCGUAGUGAUCCAUGGCUGGACGGUGACAGGAAUGUAUGAGAGCUGGGUGCCCAAACUUGUGGCUGCUCUAUACAAGAGGGAACCUGACUCCAAUGUCAUCGUGGUAGACUGGCUGUCCCGGGCCCAAGAGCAUUACCCAGUGUCUGCACGCUCCACCAAGCUGGUGGGAGAAGAUGUAGCCCGGUUUAUCAACUGGAUGGAGGAUGAAUUUAAUUACCCUGUGGACAAUGUCCAUCUCUUGGGAUACAGUCUCGGAGCCCAUGCUGCUGGCAUUGCUGGGAGUCGGACCAACAACAAGGUCAACAGAAUUACGGGCCUGGAUCCUGCCGGACCUAACUUUGAGUACGCAGAAGCUCCAAGUCGCCUUUCUCCUGAUGAUGCCGAAUUUGUGGAUGUCUUGCACACAUUCACCAGGGGGUCUCCGGGCCGAAGUAUUGGAAUCCAGAAACCAGUGGGGCAUGUUGACAUUUACCCCAAUGGAGGCACUUUUCAACCAGGCUGCAACAUUGGGGAAGCCAUCCGCUCGAUUGCAGAGAGGGGCCUUGGAGAUGUGGACCAACUAGUGAAGUGCUCCCAUGAACGCUCCAUUCAUCUCUUCAUCGACUCCCUGUUGAAUGAAGAGAACCCAAGUAAGGCCUACAGGUGCAACUCCAAAGAGGCCUUCGACAAAGGGCUCUGCCUGAGCUGCAGAAAGAACCGUUGCAACAACGUGGGCUAUGAGAUCAACAAGGUCAGAGCCAAAAGAAGCAGCAAGAUGUACCUGAAGACUCGUUCUCAGAUGCCCUACAAAGUCUUCCACUACCAAGUGAAGAUUCACUUUUCUGGGACUGAAAGUGGUACUCAAAUCAACCAGGCCUUCGAGAUCUCUCUGUAUGGCACGGUGGCUGAGAGUGAGAACAUCCCCUUCACCCUGCCUGAAGUGUCCACAAACAAGACCUACUCCUUCCUGAUCUACACGGAGGUGGACAUCGGGGAGCUCCUGAUGCUCAAGCUAAAGUGGAUGAGCGACUCCUACUUCGGCUGGUCAAGCUGGUGGAGCACCCCUAGCUUCAGCAUCGAAAAGAUCCGAGUGAAAGCAGGGGAGACACAGAAGAAGAUGAUGUUCUGUUCCAGAGAGAAAGUGUCGAAACUGCGGAAGGGAAAAGGUGCUGCGGUGUUCGUGAAGUGCCACGACAAGUCUCUGAAUGAGAAGUCCGACUGAUACCGAGCAAAUAUACAGGAAGAAGACUAGUACAUGAACUCUGUGAAGAACGAAGCGAACAAAGCAAAUUUUACGAAAGAUUUCCAGUGCUUUGGGUGUUCAAAAGUGGAUUUCCCUGAGUAUUAAUCCCAGCUAUCUCCUUAGUUCAAUUAGGAGACAAUCUCAAAUACUAAAAAGCAGCUAGUUCGAUUCCAGGAGUCUAGUAGGCAAAUCGCACAUCCUGAAAUAUUAAAAGACAGUAGAUAUGGAAGGCCCUGUGUUUUGUCCUUUGAGGAAAAAAAAAAUUGUGCCCAUAGUAAAAUAUGACUUCUUUAUAUGGUUGGUUUGGCUAUGGUCAAAAAUUAGUUAGAACCUCUUAUUUUAAUUACAUAUUGGGGUUUGAGGCCUGAAGCCUGAAAGUCUUCCUCAAGUCUGAAUAUAGAAAAUGGGGUUUUCUGUAGCAUGAGUCAGAUCCACUUAAGAAGCAGUGAAAAUAGCUGAUCUUUUUGAAUGGUUCUCUUGUUACCGGGCCUUGGCCCCGUACUUAGCCAGAGCAUGUGAUGAGGAGAACGGGAGAGAGGGUGGGGCUGGUGAGGGCUGAGCUUCACCCCCUCAACUUGCACCGUGACAGAGUUACAGGUGAUUUUACUGCCUCAUCUUUCUGUCCCUCUUUUCUCCUUGUCUUCAUAUCAAACGCUAACAGUGAUCUCUGGAUCGAUGGUGAAAAUGAACCUGUACAUGCUCAGCUGACACAAAAUUUGGGCAGUGGAGAAAGCAAAGGAUCAUAAUUAUAUUUCAGAUCUUUCAAACCAUCUACAUCUAAUUUAUCAUCUGACACUAUUUAGGCUUACUGUGAUCAUGCGUUGGUCGUGCUUUGGGUAGAUCUCUUUAUUUCUGGAUCAGAUGUAUUCAAGUUCAAAUUCUACAUCAUGCGAAGUACAAAUUUUAGACAGGAACCAUUUUUACUAAGUGAAAAAAAAUUUAAAAAACCAAAAACGUUCCCAAGAUCUAUGCACAAGCAAUGCUUCUGAACCAGUGAAUGUGAGGAAGAGGAUCCCUGUAGCCUCAGCCACAUGGAGUGCCAGCCGGGCUCUUGUUAUUGUUUUAAUGACUAGUCAAGAGUGGGUGAACAAGUAUUUGUAAGCUAGGUCUCAUAUUUUCAGAAUGCUUUUCUACAGAUUAAUAUAAAAGGAUAAAAAGUCCUAUGUCUCAGGGGUUAUUGCUGGGACCCCAGUGAGUGAAAAUAUGUGGGUGUCGGAGCACAUCCUCACACACAAAGCCCCCCAUAUAUGCGUGUCGUUCAGCAUCCUUUGGAAUGUGAACAACCAAGGAAUAUAUGGGAAAAUAUUGGAAAUAAUAGAACAUAUUGGAACAAAUUAAGAAUAAUUCCAGAUGUGUUAGAACACCAGCCCUCUUUUUGGAGAAAGAUAAUUAUACCUAUAUAAUGUAGGAUAAAUGCUGUGAUUGACUCCAUCAGGUUUGGAAUCCACUCUAACAAUAAAAUAAUGUAUGAUUUGUCA